UAGUAUUUCAGUAAGCUGCGAGCGGUGUUCAGGUACGGAGGCCCGUUGUUCGAGGGCUUUGAAUCGCGGCGCAUUGAGUGAAAAAAAAUUCGAUCCUCCGCGGCAAAACUGUAGCAGGGAAGAUUCAAAACACGAAGAAGGGAGUGAGAGGGAAGACGGAAAGCAAGGAAUUGGGGAGAGAGAAAAAGGGAAAACACACGGGAGUGAGAGAAAAGUGUUAAUAGAUUAGUAUCCGGAAGGGAGCGGGGCGUUGGUGCGCCGUUUUAAAGAAUCUAAAAAUCAGUCAAAGAACUUCGUUGUUCGAUCGACAGACGUCGAAGAGCUCUAGCUUUUUUCCCAUUUUAUUUUGCACUCCUUCGGACACUACUUUCCGUUAAAUCAUCUCGAAAAAUCUCAUAAAUCGUUGACAUGGCUACUGCAAGAGUACCCAUUGCUAUGUCCACGUCGAGUGAUCACGACGAUAAAUUGCUGUCGUUAGGAAAAAAUUCGCUUAACGGUACAAUCAUGAAUGGAAAUAUAAAUGGACACAAGAAUCCUCGAAGCAACGGACACCUUCAGAGCAGCAAAACCAAACGAGAGUACACAACAACGGAGCCGGAAAAAAAAGAAUCUUUCGAGCCACCGACGUUCUUCACAGCCGCUCUAACCCACCUUGGAUUCUACCUACUAAUGUUCCUGGGAUUUAUAAAUCAAUUGUUCUUCACGCCAAAAGUAGCUCGAGAACAAAACCGCCAGGGAUACGCAGCUCUCUAUGACAACUUUGAGACAUUUUAUCUCCGCUACGUUUAUCGAAGAGUAAAAGACUGUUGGAACCGUCCCAUUUGCUCAGUGCCAGGUGCUAUGGUAACUUUGAAAGACAGAAUAACCCGAGACCACGGGUGGACAUUUGAAUUCACGGGGACCGAAACCCCUUGUAUUAAUUUAGGUUCCUAUAAUUAUUUGGGUUUUGCCGAAGCGUCGGGAUCAUGCGCCGAACAGAGUAUCGAAACUCUGAAUCAAUUUGGCUGCUCGAGUUGCAGUCCUCGUAUGGAACUCGGAAACUUGCCGAUCCACGACGAGUUGGAAAAACUGACGGCACGCUUCUUGAGAGUCGAAGACGCCAUCGUAUUUGGCAUGGGCUUCGCGACCAACGCUUUGAAUUUACCCGCCUUGCUCACUCCCGAAUGCUUGGUUCUCAGUGACGAAAAGAAUCACGCAUCAUUGAUUCUUGGGCUGAGACUUUCUGGAGUUGUUACCAGAGUAUUUGAGCAUAACAAUUUGAAGGAUUUGGAGAAAAAAUUGCGCGAAGCGAUCGCUUCCGGCCAACCAAAGAGCGGAGUGCCAUGGAAAAAGAUAAUGAUUGUCGUCGAGGGAAUUUAUUCGAUGGAAGGUUCCAUGGUCCACUUGCCAGAAGUGAUAGCUUUAAAAAAAAAAUAUAAGGCCUAUUUGUAUCUCGACGAGGCUCACAGCACCGGUGCGAUGGGUAAGCAAGGGAGAGGGGUUUGUGACUAUUACGGAAUCGAUCCUCGCGAAGUGGAUAUUCUAAUGGGAACUUUUACCAAAAGUUUUGGCUCAGCUGGUGGUUACAUCGCGGGUUCGAAGGCCUUAAUCAACUAUUUGAGAACGUACAGCCAUGCUCAUACGUACGCCGUUGCCAUGUCACCCCCAAUAGCUCAACAAAUAAUAACGUCCAUGAGAAUAAUUAUGGGAGAAGACGGAACGGACGCAGGAAAAACGAGGAUCAAAGCAUUGGCGCGUAAUACACGCUAUUUUAGACGAAGACUCCAUCAAAUAGGCGUUAUAAUACACGGCCAUGAAGAUUCUCCAGUUGUGCCUAUGCUAGUUUAUUUAUUCUCAAAAAUAGGUUUCGUUAUUCGCACUUUGACAAAGCGAAAUAUUGCGACGGUUGGAGUUAAUUUUCCGGCGACUCCUCUCAUGGCAGGUAGAAUUCGUUUCUGUUUGUCAGCCGCCCACACGAAAGAACAAUUGGAUUAUGUGCUCUCGAACAUCGAAGACAUGGCCGACUACAUCGGAUUGAGAUACUCAAGGAAAGUGCGUGAUCCAAACCCCAUCGAGUAUUGUUCAGACAGCGAGACGGAUUGACCUUUGACAGUGGCUGAAUCUUAAGAAACAAUAUUAUUCAGUAAAACGAUCGUGUGGAACAAGGACGGUAAAAUUUUGGAAAUUUGACUGGAAGAGAGUGCACAAAAUUCUUCGUUGAAUGAUCGAGCGGGGACGCGGAUGAAAACGGAAAAGGAUAUGCACCGACGAAACGCCAAUUCGAAGAAAUAAGAUCGACUCUCGUUAUCAGCAGAGAGCUUAUCAAACUUUUCCCUGAUUAUUUAUCGGUGGAAUGUAAUAUUCAUAAGGGCAUUUAGACGAGGAAAUAAGCUAUGCUCGAGUAACUAGCAUUUCGGAAUGUUUAAACGAAGAAAAAGAAAUAAUGAGAAGCUUAAGAGAUUUUUCAGUCGUCAGCACAUAACUCAGCCGUCUAAAUCAAGUAUGUCUUUUUUUUAGUUCAAAAAAGCGCUUGGACGCAACUCGCUCUUGCUUAACGACGCCGAUAAGCACAAGUUCUCUCUCCCUCUCUCUCUCUCUCUCGCACUUGGCGCUAAGUCGAGUUUUGCCUUAACGCGCAUGUUCGAUAAGACCAUUUAACUUAAAAUUCAAACAAAUGCUUACCGCGUCAAAAAAAUACUGCCUAAGAGAAAAACGAAUGGGUGAUACAUUAAACAGUACUUGGGGAUCGCUAUCGUAGCAGUGAAAAGCAGAUAGACAACCGGCCACAGACGUUGAGCGAUUAGCUUCGUUCCUUGUAAUCAUGCCAAUCGCACACAUCCGAAGUGAUCUCGAUCAGACGACAUUCAAUGGGUCUGCGCUAUAAGUUGAAAAUAUCGCACGUACACGACCAAUAUAUUCAGAGUAUUGUAAUUCUUCCGUUCCUUCGGUUUUCACUUUUUGAUAAAAUUUUUUUUCACAUUCAUUGUUUGUUGAGCACGUUAUUAUUCGGUUUGAGCCGUUUUUUCAAAAUAUAAGAAAUAAAAUUCUCAUGCAAUUUCGUAAAAAAAAAAAAAAAUACCCACGAAUUUAAUGCCAUUCCUAUGGAAAUGGAAAGAUAACAACUCUGAAUAAGAUACAUCGAAAUUAUGCCUAUGUAUCCAGCUAUUUAUCUCAAUACGAUUUAGUAUAAUUUAUAAGUGUACAGAAAACCUUGAAAUCGAAUAUGCAAGCACAAUUUGAAGAACGCACAGACCGAAUAGGGAACGGAAAUGGAGCAAGGAAACGAAGAGAGAAAGAGUUUUAGUACAAAAAUAUAUAUCUGUUAGUUAAAUAGUAAUAAAACUAUUUUUUGUUGUAACAUGUUGCAUCUGAUCGGAAAGCUUCGUUAAGUAGACGGUUCGAAAGUCGAAAAAAUUGUUCUUGCAUAUUGGUCUGACACCGUGAACGGGGUGCAGCAGCGAAUAACUCGUUAUAAGAAAAGUAACUACGUCGUCCGAAUUACAUUCGUAUUUGGUAAAUCAAACUAUUAAUUUUUUAUAGUACCCGCAUCCAAAAAUUGAAUUUCCAUUCGUGUAUAGCGUACAAAAUGUGAGUUAGUUUAGGAGCGUUCACUUUUUGUAUCACUCUACCACACCGAUUGACGAUCGAGGCUCAUCCCCCCUUCAUAUUUGGAAGUUUGUGUUUGUUAUAAAUUUCAUGAGAGUCAAAACAUCGAUCGAAGAAUAAUAUUAUUCACCUCAGAAUCUCAAAACAAGCUUUCGAAGCGGAUAUCACAACGAGUAUUAUAUUCAACAAGUACGAAAAACAAAGAGUACCAUUGGGCAUUCGUCUCAUUCGUCUAGACUAUUUCGAGCUGGAAAGUAUUUUUCUCGUGUGUUCAAAAGCAACCAGUGCAGAAGUGAAAACUCAUUUUUUUUUUAAACCAUUUUUAAAUCAUAUCUGAAAAAUACUGGAAAAUUCAGAAAAUAAUUCUUCCGAUGGAGCUACAUUUUUUGUUCUUCGAUUCGAUUUUUCAUUUAGUUCGAGUGUAAGCAACAAAACCAACGAGAAUACCUAGAAACCGAAAAUGGCAUAUUUUUUCAAACAUUAAUUAGCAGGUAAUUGUACAUAUUGCGAUUAUUUUGUUGAACCAAGAAUGAUUAAUGUAGCUUGUUCAGGAGAAACUGCGAAGUGUUGGGAAUACAAUUUUUAUAAUAUCAUCACAUGCUUGGUCGAUUCUCAACGGGCUUUAUCUAAAAUUGUCCAAAUUUCUUCAAUACUGCACAAAAGUGACUAAGCAUAUUCUACAUUGCAAACAUUUCGACAGUUUCAUCAAUUUCAUACAUAUUGAAACAAGUAAAAAACGCACAUAUCCUUAAAUCUCGGCCUUACACUAUAAUUCGAUACAUCCACACAUUCCUCAUAAUCACAGGUUUAUUUUUAUAAUAAAUUACAGGUUUAAGAAAAAAGUUUAAAAUGUAUACAAAUAUUAUAGCUAUUGUCAAUAUGAGAA